AUGCCCACAAUAUUUCUUUCUUUUUUCCUUUCUUUCUUUCUUUCUUUCUUUCUUUCUUUCUUUCUUUCUUUCUUUCUUUCUUUCUUUCUAUUUAUCUCAGUCGCUUCGUGUCUAUCUAUCGCUCUAUCAAGAACGGUUGUAAUAAUUCGAUCAAUCACUAUCUAUCUAUCUAUCUAUCUAUCUCUGUAUGUUCAUAUUUAUCUAUCUAUCUCAGUCUGUUCAUAUCUAUCUAUCUAUCUAUCUAUCUCAGUCUGUUCUAGCUAUCCCAGUCUACUGAGAUAUAUAGCUACAUCCAUCUGUCAUUGUUCCUUAUCACAAAGACAGUCACUAUCUAUCUAUCUAUCUAUCUAUCUAUCUAUCUAUCUAUCUAUCUAUCUGUUCAUAUAUAUAACUAGCUAUCUAUCUCAGUCCGCUGAAAUAGAUAGCUACAUCUAUCUAUCUGUGACAUACAUAGUCAUUAAGAUAUCAGAUAAACAGAAUAUCUAUCUCUCAGUCUGUUUUAUCUAUCUAUCUAUCUAUCUAUCUAUCUAUCUAUCUAUCUAUCUAUCAGUCUGUUUUAGCUCUCUUUUCAAAUCUAUCCAUCUGUUUUCGUCUGCUCAAAUCUAUCUAUCUAUCUAUCUAUCUAUCUAUCUAUCUAUCUAUCUAUCUAUGUGUUCAAAUCUAUCUAUUUUCGUUUGCUCAAAUCUAUCUAUCUAUCUAUCUAUCUAUCUAUCUAUCUAUCUAUCUAUCUAUCUUCAUCUGUUCAAAUCUAUCUAUCUAUCUAUCUAUCUAUCUAUCUAUCUAUGUCUGUUUUAUCUAUCUAUCUAUCUAUCUAUCUAUGUCUGUUUUAUCUAUCUAUCUAUCUAUCUAUCUAUCUAUCUAUCUAUCUAUCUAUCAGUGGAAAAUUUGGAAGUGUCGGAUUUUCUCCCUUUCUUUCUUUCUUUCUUUCUUUCUUUCUUUCUUUCUUUCUUCCUUUCUUUCUUUUUUUCUUUCUUUAUUUAUUUAUUUGCUUGCCUGCCUGCCUGCUUGACUAUCUAUCUAUCUAUCUAUCUAUCUAUCUAUCUAUCUAUCUAUUGCUUUCAUUUUCUCUGUAAGGAUCUAUCUAUCUAUCUAUCUAUCUAUCUAUCUAUCUAUCUAUCUAUCUAUCUAUCUAUCUAUCUAUUUCUAUUGCUCUCAUUUUCUCUGUAA